GAGAGAGAGAGAGAGAGAGUGUGUGUGUGUGUGUGUGUGUGUGUGUGUGUGUGUGGGCUGAUCCGCGGCGCGUCGCUGCUGAAGCGCGCCUGACUGUCGCUCAGUUUGUGUUCAUAAUCAGCUGCAGCGGACUGAACUCAGCGCUCCCACAUUUAUUGACGCGUUUCUCCAUUCCAGCCUGUGAAUAUUAAUAAAGAUCAAGUAGCGCGGGGGGAAAGUUAGUUUUGUCGGCGGCGGGAGUCGCAGGAAUCGCGCGGCGGAGCUGGAGUUCGGGAAUAUCACAUUUCAGCUCUAGCGAAAUAUUCGGGGCUGGAACUGAUGCGGGAGAUUUUUGACUCUUACUGUAACUAAAGACGCCUCACAUACGCCACAGAUCCGACAGAAAGGCAGCGAAAUGGGGGAGCAGCCGAUCUUCACCACCAGAGCUCAUGUCUUCCAGAUCGAUCCCACCACCAAGAAGAACUGGGUUCCUGCCAGUAAACAGGCUGUUACUGUCUCGUACUUCUACGACAGCACACGCAACAGCUACCGCAUCAUCAGCGUGGAUGGGUCAAAGGUAAUCAUCAACAGCACAAUCACCCCCAAUAUGAACUUCACUAAAACAUCGCAAAAGUUUGGCCAGUGGGCCGACAGUCGCGCAAACACAGUGUUUGGACUCGGCUUCGCCUCUGAACAACAGCUGUCAAAGUUUGCUGAGAAGUUCCAGGAAGUCAAGGAAGCUGCGAAACUGGCCCGAGAAAAAUCUCAGGAGAAGAUGGAGACGUCCAGCGAUCAGUCGCAGGAAUCUGGCCGUGAAACUCCAUCAGGCAAUCAAGCGUCCAGUAUCAACGGAACGGAUGACGAGAAGAUCUCACACGUGCCGGACAACACGGCGCUGAAGAGCGAGAACGACCGGCUGAAGUCCGUAGUGGAGCAGAGUAAGAAGGUGGAGACGGAGCUGCAGGCGCUGAAGGAGAGUAACGCCCGGCUGAUGGACACGCUGCAGGAGGCGAACAGCAACGCCGAGAACUGGAAGAGUAAAGUGAUGCAGAGCCAAGACGAGAACAACCAGCUGAAGAACAAGAUCUCAGAGCUGGAGGUUCAGUGUAAGGAGGUGAGUCUGGAGAGAGAGAGAAACGCUCAGCUGGCGCUCAGAAUUCAAGAGCUGGAAGCAGAUCUGCAGGAGAAAGAACAGGAGCUCGAGGACCUGCGCAAACAGGCAGAAACCAUCCCGCAGCUCAUGGCCAAAUGUGAAAGUAUCACGGCCAAACUACAGGCUGCAGAAACGGCCAACAGAGACCUGGGCGAGAAGAUGAUGCUUCUGCAGAGCGAGAUCGACGACAGUCAGCAGAAACAGAAGAACAUAAAGACCGAACUCAAGAAGUUCAUGGACGUUCUGGACGGGAAGAUUGAUGAGCUCCAUGAAGUUCGUCAGGGCAUUUCGAAACUAGGCGUCGAUAACUGAACACACACACACACACACACACACACACACUCUGUUUGUCUCACUGGGCUCCUGUUGUGUGUUUGUGAUCUUCUGACUGCUGGUUAAGGGCUACUGAUGGUCAGUGAGGAGUCUCUCUGUCUCCCUCACCCUCUCUCUCUCUCUCUCACACACACACACACACACACACACACACACACACACACACACACACACACACACACACACACACACAGACGGACUAAAGGGUGGAUUUAACCGCUGCAGAUCUCAGGGCCGUUUGGAAUCGCUGAUAUGCACAAACACACGUGAACUGCAGAAUCACUAAGUGCCUGAAGGUGGCGCUCUCUGUGUCUCCGCCUCAUAAACUCUCCUCUGAUGUUCGAAUGAGACGCGUCCUGAGCGGCUCCUCAUGCAAUACUCGCCUCAGGCAGCAGGACGCUCUUCUCCUCCUUUUCUGCUUCUUCUGUUGGUUUGUUUGUUUCUCAAAACAGUUUUCGAGGUGAAGUCGCAUUCAGAUUAUUCUUAUUCUGAUCGAUGAAAAUAUGAGCCAAAUAUCUGCUGUGAUGAAGGCAGAUUGCUCGUACGGUGCACAUGUGUGUGUGUGUCGUGCUCAGUAGUGUUUGUGACGUGCUCCUCCGCUCGUGUGUGUGUGUGAUGUUCGGGUGAUGGGAUAAUUUAUACGUGUGCUUUUUUUAGAAUAAUCUCUGCCUUUCCUGAGUCUGUGAUCAGAGCGUUUGAGCUUCCCAACUCCCUCCUCAGUUCCUUUCAGUUGUUGUUUUUUUUUUUCUUGAUGCUGUUUUGAAUGUCGUGGCUGGUGUAUUAUAGAGCGUUUAAUGUGGGUGAGUGUCUUUAACAUACACACACACACACACACACACACACACACCUCUUACUGGAAACUUGAGCCUUUUUUCCCUCUUUCUGGAAAAAAAAAACACUUUUGUUGAUCAAAAUUGUAAAAUAAAUAAUUGUGGAAAUCUAGUUUAUGAAGGAAAUCUGUGUUUCUGUAGUUAUUUCUAAUGUUUGAGGCUCUUUCAGGCGGUGGGUGUCUCUCUUGCGUCCUCUGAUUGGUGAGAGGAUGUGUUGCCUUGGCAACCUGCAUCCCACACACGGCUGCUAUUGAUUGUGAGAGUAUGCUGUGUUCCAGAUGUGAAUACAUUUGUUCAUACAGUUGUUUUAUCGUUGUUAGUAGAUUUCUGUGAUAUCACCGUAACGAAGCCUGUUUCCAUGGAAACGUUGUGUUCUGUGAUGCUCAGGAUCUGUGUGUCGCACCUCCAUCUGGUCCACAAACACACACACACACACACGGUCGCAGGGCUUUCCUCUUCUCUCUAGUGGAAUCAUUUGGACUUUCUGAACUGAAGCUUCCAUCAGCAACAUUUUCAGUUGGUAUAGAUCAGUUUCUCUCACUAUUUUCAGGUGAAGCAUUGACGCCUGAAAUCAAAUCAGACCCCCAAAUGAUCACCUGAUCCUCCAGUCUCUAAAGAGACCACAGUUUUAGUAAAGUCAUGAUUUGAUCCAUAAGCCAGUUGUUCAGAUCAAUCACGCUUAUAUGAGGGCUCAGCAUACAUUCACCACAACAGACAUUAAAUUGUUCAAAAGUACCAGUAAAGAUUUCUAUUUCAAAUAAAUGCUGUUCUUUUGAACUUUCUUUUCAUCUGUGAAUCCCAAAAAAUAAAAAGUAUGGUAGUUUCCACAAUAAACAUUGUGCAGCACAACCGUUUUCAACAUUGCUAAUAAUCAGAAAUGUUUGUUGAGCAGCAAAUCAGCAUAUUAGACUGAUUUCUGAAGGAUCAUGUGACGCUGAAGACUGGAGUAAUGAUGCUGAAAAUUCAGCUGCGCAUCACAGAAAUAAAUUACAGUUUAACAGAUAUUCACAUAGAAAACAGCUGUUUUAAAUUGUAGUCAUAUUUCACAAUGUUACUAAAUUUAACUGUAUUUUUGAUCAAAUAAAUGCAGCCUUGGUGAGCAAAAGAGAUUUCUUUCAGAAACAUUAAAUCAUCCUACCAUCCCCAAACUUCUGAACGGUAAUCUGAAGUCUGAGUUUGUUACUCAUAGCCCAUCAAUUUGAAGUGCUUGAGCUGCUUUAUAUGGUUUUAUUUUUGAUGCGACACAAAACUGAAUCCAUGUUUGUGAGUCACGAACAAACCACUCUUAAUGUCGACCUGCAGGAGCUCGAGCUGACUCACAUGUAAGAAGUCUCGCUAGUGGACUUUUAGCAUCAGUGACAAAGCAAAUCCAGUCUGUAUCCAGAUCAGCACCAGAGACGACCUCUACAGCCCUGAAAGUCAGCGGAGAGCACGUCAACUAGACGAGCCCCAGAGACGGAUCCCCGGCGAGGACCUCGGCACAGACCACGGGAACCCGGCGAGUCCUCUGCUCAAUCUGACUUUGUUGCAGCCUGGAACGAAACUGCAGGUUUCGUCUGGCCAGAGGAGAACGAUGGAGUUUUAGUUCCUUCGACACACUUUUUCCCUGUUUCAUACUGUAAAGCUGCUUUGACACGAUCUGUAUUGUUAACAAAAAAAACACUAUAUUUAACGGACGUGUACAAAACACCUGAACGUACAAAGUAAGGGCAAAACGCGUAUGAUUGAUUGUCCUAACAGCACACUAACUUGAAUAAUUGUCAUAAACAGGUUGAUAUUAAUAAUAUUGUGCCAUAUUUCCAGUAUGAAGAAGUAGAGAAUUAAGUUGUUGUUCCCACUGUUGCUUCAGUUUUAUUGAAAAUGAAAGAUUCCGUGUU